CGGUCAAGGAUUCUUUCGGUCUAAGAAUGCUACUAGUUGAAUCACCCCCAUCUCCACUUUCAAACUCUCCCUCUAUAAAUUGCCUGCAACAUUUCUCACAGCCAUACCCAUCUCUCUCUCUCUCUCUUCUUUCUCUCUCCUCCAUUUUUCCCAAUUUGAGUCUCAGUAUUCCAAUAUGAUCCUCUCACAGCCUCCAAAGAGCAACACUUCCACCACACUAAUGCACUUGAAACAGUUCUUCACCUUCUCCCACUCUUCUCCCUCCAAAACCCUCCACUCAUCUUCUUCUUUUCCCAGCUCCGGCCACCGGACUCCGCCGUCCACCUAUGACCCUUCCCUGUCCGCCGCCAUGGAAGAAACCAUCGUUAACGCCGAACCCAUCAUCACCAAAUGGGACCCCGAUUCCUCCGAGUUCAACAGAGUCACCUUCCUCUUCCGCCAUGGCAGGGCCGAGUCCGACGAGUUUCUCACCUCCGUCAACAACCUCCGCCGGGCGAUGGACUUUUUCAUUUCCGAAAAUUCUACCUCCGCCGUCCUUAUUCUCGCCCAGAAAUUGAUGCAGGCCGCCAUGAGACGCCUCGAGAAGGAGUUUUAUUAUAUUCUGAGUGAGAAUCGGCAGCAUCUGGACCCGGAAUCCGUCUCCAGCCGGUCCUCCGACGGGGAGAUCGCCGGGGAUUCUGCGACGGAGCUCGACAGGGUCGCGGCGGAGUUGAGAUCGAUUGCGGAUUGUAUGAUCGGCUCUGGGUAUGGGAAAGAGUGUGUGAAGAUUUACAAAGUGAUCAGAAAAUCGAUUGUCGAUGAAACUCUAUACCGUCUUGGAACAGAGCGGUUCAAGGCUUCGCGGAUUCAGAGAUUGAAUUGGGAAUCGCUCGAGACCGUGAUCAGGAGCUGGAUGAAUUCCAUAAAGGUUGCUGUGAAUACUCUGUUUCGUGGGGAGAAAAUUCUCUGCGAUCAUGUUUUUUCAAAAUCCGGCAGAAUUGGAAAGUCCUGUUUCUGGGAGAUCUUAAAAGAAGGGGCGAUCACUCUGUUUAAAUUCCCGGAGUUGAUCGCGAAAGGGAAGAAAGAUUCAGAGAAGAUUUUCUUGUUGAUGGAGCUUUACGAGGCGAAUUCCGACGUCUUGCCGGAAAUCGAGGUCGUAUUCGACUCUGUUUCGACGGAAACCAUUAAAGCGCAAGCGGAAGCUUCGUUGGUCAAACUCGCGGAGGCAAUCCGCGCCAUUCUCUCCGAUUUCGAAUCGACGAUCCAGAAGAAUUCCUCCAAAACUCCGGCUCCCGGCGGCGGAAUCCACCCGCUGACCCGAUCGGCGAUGAAUUACAUCUCCUCUCUCGGAGACUACGGCGGGAUUCUCUCCGACAUCAUCACCGAAAACUCUCCGAUUCCGAGUUCGUACACGGAGACUCUCGCCGCCGACGACGCGCUGUCGUCGCCGGUGGCGGCGCAACUCGGGUGGCUGAUUCUGGUCCUCCUCUGCAAACUCGACACGAAAGCAGAGCUUUACAGAGACGUAUCGCUGUCGUACCUGUUCCUCGCGAACAACCUGAAUUUCAUCGUGAGGACGGUGACGGCGACGAAUCUGAAAUCCCUCGUCGGCGGCGAGUGGGUGGCGAACCACGCGAGCAAGGUGAAGCUGUACGCGUCGAAUUACGAGGCGACGGCGUGGAACAGGGUGGUGGGGACGCUGCCGGAGAGGAGCUCGCCGGAAAUGGAGUCGCCGGAGGCGGCGAAGGAGGGGUUGAGGAAAUUCAACGCGGCGUUCGAAGAGGCGUACCGGAAACAGACGUCGUGGAGAGUGGAGGAGGGGCGGCUGAGGGACGAGUUGAAGAUGUCGAUAGCGAAGAAGCUGCUGCCGACAUAUCGGCAGUUCUACGAGGGGUGCAUUGAGAUAGUGGGUGGGGAGAGAGAUUUUUCGACGAAAGGGUUUGCUGUCAGGUUUACGCCUGACGAUUUGGGAAACUACUUGUCGGAUUUGUUCCAUGGGGUUUCUUCUUCUGGCAGUAGUUCUUCCAUUGGAAGUGUAUAAAAAAAAGAUAAAUUUAUUUUGAGGAAAUAAAUAUUUUGACGCGUGGAUUUAUGUAAUACGUCCACGUUGGAAAACUGUAUAAAUUCAGACUUUCUGAGUUGGAUA